CUCCCCUUUCACUCCCCAGAGUUGACAUGCUCUUUGAGGGAGGUCGCGACUUCACCACACCGAGCCUAGCCAUAGGAUUCCGGCCCGAGGCGGAUGUGCUGAGCAACGUGAAGAACGACAUCAUGCCCAAAUACAUGCCCAUAUUUGAGAAGGUAGCGUCAGAGAACGGCACAGGCUACCUGGUGGGAGACAGCCUCACGAUAGCUGACCUCAGUGUGCUGGAGGGACUCUUGACAUUCACAGAGUACUUUGGCAAAGAAAUAUUUGAGGGAUUUCCAGCGCUAGAGGUAAACAAUGCGAUGAACCCAGAGAUGAGCUUGGUGGGCGAGAAUUCUCGGUGUCCAAGCUGGAAAUCCCUGUCCUUGGGAACUCUUGGUCUUGAAUGA